CAUUGGCUGAUGUCAGGACCAUAGACGGCCUCCCAUUGGCUGACGUCAGGACGCCGGACGUGCCGAUCACUUCCUCAAGUUGAAUAGCAUCAGACAGCAGAGAAAAUGUUGGUCCUGGUGUUAGGUGACCUGCACAUUCCCCACCGGUGCAACACGCUGCCGGCCAAGUUCAAGAAGCUGCUGGUCCCUGGGAAGAUCCAGCACAUUCUCUGCACGGGCAACCUCUGCACCAAGGAGAGCUACGACUACCUGAAGACUCUGGCCGGGGACGUCCACAUAGUCCGAGGAGACUUUGAUGAGAACCUGAACUAUCCGGAGCAGAAGGUGGUCACCGUGGGCCAGUUCAAGAUCGGCCUCAUCCACGGCCACCAAGUGAUCCCCUGGGGCGACAUGGCCAGCCUGGCGCUGCUGCAGAGACAACUAGACGUCGACAUCCUCAUCUCCGGACACACGCACAAGUUCGAGGCGUUUGAGAACGAAAACAAGUUCUACAUCAACCCCGGUUCUGCCACCGGAGCCUACAGCGCACUGGAGCGAAACAUCAUCCCUUCUUUUGUACUAAUGGACAUCCAAGCGUCCACAGUGGUGACGUACGUUUAUCAGCUGAUCGGUGACGACGUUAAGGUGGAGAGAAUCGAAUACAAGAAAUCUUAAAAAGAGGUGUGAGGAAGAGGAGAGGAGGAGGGAAGGGGAAAGAAGAGAGUUGGGUUAACAGGCUCACUGCAUCGUUUCAUUCCUGUCCACCAGGGGGCAGCAGCUCCCUCGGUCCCCUCAGCGUUGACGCUAUAACAACCUGUUCAGCGAAUUAAUCCUAAAAGAACUGUGUAUUAUAUUGUUUAUAAAGUAAGCAGCAUUAGCUCAUAUCCAAAUUGUCAUCUGGGAAAGCACAUGUCGCAUGUUCUGCAAUCAAAAGAGAUAUUUGGUGCCAUUUUCUUUCUUUUGUCUGUAUUAUUUCUCACUUGUCGUGUCCUAUACGUGUAAACGCCAGGCCUUUGUUUCCUGUAGUCGGCCUUCUUCACUCAUUUCCAUAAUAAAAACAGGAUUGUUCUCCA